AUGGUACACAAAUUUCCCGGCAUAAACCUUAUCGCACAGCUCGUAAGACAAAUUACGCAACCAGUGUCAAGAUAUAUAGUGAAUCACGUGAAGGAUCGACCGUUGCUAAAAAAAUAUGUCCUGAUUCAACUAGGAUGUUUCCAGUAUUGGUGCGAAGAUGUAUUAGCGCAUCAAAAAAUUCCAGCUGUAGUAAAGAAAAAACGUGAUGAAAUUCGCAUAAUGGAGCGAGGAGCAAAAUUAUUAAUUGAGAUAUUAGUCUUUGGACUUUUGUGGAGCAUACUCAUAUGCGAAACACGUACAUCUAUAAAGAAAUCACGCAUCACUGAACAGUUAAGAAUUCAAGACCUCAACUAUUUAGAAGCAGAAAAGAAUCAGCUGAUGCGGCGAGUGGAAGAUCAAGUGAUCUUGACGAAGCGGCUCAAAGAUAUUAUCGUGGAGUAUUCGAGACAAGUCGGGUGUACGUUACCGCGUGAUCCGGAAAAGGGCGAAUAA